UUGCUUGCAGCCGAUCUUGAAAUCAGAAAUAUUCCGGAAGAGAGGACAGAAAACAUCACUCAUACGGUCGUGUUGGUGGCUGCAAAGCUGGGAGUAUCGCUGGACGAGAGAGACAUUGUUUUCGCGGAUCGUGUAAAAACAAGGAAGCAGGGUGACAAUGCAGAUGGAGAUCGGGGCCAUGGGCCUCGAGUGGUGGUGCACCACUCGUGCGAAGCGCACGCGAGAUGCACACCAUGUCCUAUAUCGCUUCGCUAUUUUACCGAGUACGAGAGGCAACAAGGCGGCUACGGUGGAGAUAUACAUGGACCAGAUAUGGUAGAAUCUAUACUCGCCAGGGAGAUGGGAAGAAUACUUAUUGUAUCCGAUCUGAGGCAGAUCUGA